GUCGUCGCCGCAGACCUACCGACCUACCUCUUCUCCGUGCAGACACAAUUACGACCGCGAUACCGACUCCCCUUUCCGACCAACAGCAUCUCCAUAUUUUCCAAGGCUCUCUCUCCUUCCAAAGAGAGGCAGAGCGACACACUACCGACCUUUCCGAUCGCAAACAAGAAUGGCCUCUACGCUCGCCGUCGGCGUGGGCAUUGCUGCCGCGGCGUUCUUUGGCCGUGCCGGCCUCGUCGCAUUCCGCCGCUGGCGCAACCCGAACGGCCUGAACGCCCUCGGCCGACCCUUCUACAAAGGCGGGUUCGAGCCCAAGAUGACGAAGCGAGAGGCGUCCCUGAUCCUGGACCUCAGCGAGAGGACGCUCACGAAGGAGAAGAUCAGGAAGAGCCAUCGAGCACUGAUGCUGUCGAAUCACCCGGACCGAGGCGGCAGUCCGUACCUGGCCAGCAAGGUUAACGAGGCAAAGGAGUUUUUGGAAAGAAACGGGUGACGACGGUCAACAGAGCGGAAGAGGGAAAUUGGAAACAAAAUUUCUGCGGACGCCUCAGCUCUUGGAGAGGUUUAUUUUGCGGCUCCUGGCCGCGCAUAGCGUGGGCGUUUUGACAUGGGGCUUUUAAACGGGGCAACCGCACGGCGUUCUUACGUGGUAUUGUACAGGGAUCUCACAUCUGCAGCGACGAAUCUGUUUUGUCUUGUCGCUGUGAGCUGCAUAUCCAGGAAGCGGAAGACUUGUACAACAGAAGAGUGUAUAUAUCUCCGCUCGACAGAGAAGGCCAUUGGUAGGAGAAAUCUGUAUAUUGACCGAAGAGAAGGAUGACGGCGGUCGACAUCCAAAAAAUGGAGAGAGAAUCUCGAGUUGCUUCACCGCUGUGUUCUGUUGGUCACUAUCCUCCCCUCAUCUCUUGUCUUCUCGUGAGAUCAUCCUACCCCGUCUAUAAGAACCCUCACAAUGUAAAUUCCGAGUCUCGCUGCUACUGAUAAAGCCUCUAACACCUGUCGACUUGUCGACCCGAUCUAGAGGCGUGAGAGG